UGUCACGCGACGCAUUACUGAGCGUGGCAGUGAUUCGGUGCUAGAGGAGCGGUUAAGAUAAUGGACAGCGAGUUAUCGCCGCCCCCAUUCGGACUCGCUUUAUUAGGAUUGCAUCCAGUCGGUACCAAGUUUCCCACCAGAUCAUCUUCAUCGUCCACACAUCCCGUGCUGAACGCUCGCGGAAUGCCUGCCAGAAUUCGGAAGAAGAAUCGCCUGUUCUACGAUGAUAACAUCGUGAACGAAAAGGUACCGGCUGUGAAGGCGACACCGAAGAAAACGCCGCAGUCGGCCAAGAGGGCCGUUUCCGUCCCCAAGAGCACCCCCGGCCGUUUGUCGCUCAGCGGCAGCCCGCGCCGAGUGGAACAUCUGUCCAAGUCAGUGCAGAAGAAAAAGCACUCGUCGAGAUACGAGAAAAUGAAGCGCAGUAUCAAGAAACGUAAAUCCGAUUCGGCAGACGAGGGCAGCUCGAUGCAGGUUGUUAAUCCGGUGGCCGUGACGGAAAAGAAAAUGUACCACGCGCUCGGCUGGCAGCUGAAGAACUUCCUGCGACUGCCGAAAGCGAACCGUUUUGUGUUCUUCGAAUGGUUGUAUGCCGACAUUGACCGGAACCUCUUUACCUCACCGAAAUCGUACCAACAGCUAGUUCGCGAACGUUUUCCCAACCUCAGAACGACCAACUUGACGCGCAUAGAGUGGACCCAUGUCCGAGCAUCGUUCGGUAAACCAAGGCUCUUUUCGUCUGCCUUCAUCGCCCAGGAACGGGCUGAGUUGUUUUCGAAGCGCGAAAAGAUACGCGUCGUCCAGGGGAACAAUCUAUGCGACCAAUCGUUCAGCGAGGGCUUGCCAAAGAGCAUUCCUCGUCGCAUACCGGAAGGGUCGCGGGUAGUGGCCAGGCUGUACGGCGGUACCAACGAUGGGGCUUUCGAUGGAACGGUCGAGGAGUACGACGAAGACAAGCGCUGCUACCGGAUAACGUUCGACAAGGCAUUGAUUAAACCCUGCCUCGUACCGGACUAUGAAGUGAGCUCGGCCACUGUACCGUCUACCAUUAAGCUGAACAGCAUAACGAAGGAUUACAGAGAGGCAUUGCGGGAUGCCUCGUUCCACGUGACAGACCGACCGAAGCGAAAGCCACGCAAGGAAUCCCACAAGAUGAAACCCAACAUUGACGAACCUAUGUUUGGCGGCCCCAUGGCAGCCAAGUACAGUGCGAAAAAGGGAAGCUUCCCGAGGGACUACAUCGGUGGGUAUCCCGUUUCCUAUCUCGAGCUGAUCGUGCGCACCAAGAAAACGGUGUCGGCCAAGCAGAUGAAGUUGCUCCGUCUGAAAAAUAUGUCAUCGGAGGCCGAAAUCUAUCGCGCGUAUCAAGAUGCGUACCCGGAAGAGUUCAAACGGCGCUACGCGAUGCUGAUAGUGGCGAUUGAGAAGCUGAAUCGGGAUCUCGAGAAACAGCUGGAACAGCUGAAGGAGCUCGUUGGCUGGCUGACGCAGGAUCCAGAAAAGCAGGCCAUGAUCAUACCUAGCCGGUUCCGGGAACAGUGCCGCGAGAAGGCGACCCACGUGUUCAACAAGAACAACAAGGGAAAGGUCACGGACGAACACUUGGCUAACCUGGUGAAGAGCCUGGCGACGAUCAUGAUCGUGGCAGCGAACGUGGGCAAACAGGAGACGGACAUAGCGAUGGAAAUGCGAGGCUGCGUUGCCGAGGCCAGAGAGCGAUUGGAGCCGGAAAAUGAAUCCAUGUUCAACCUAAACGUGGCCAAUCCCUUCAACUACUUGCAACAGGAUGAUUUUGACGAGAAAUUUAAAAGGCAAACAACAGAUGGUCUUUAAUUAUUUCUUCUUUUUUUUUAUUCAAAACAAAAUUAGUUCGAAAAGUUGUAAAAUUAAGCUUAAUUUUUUAGAGUUGUAGUAGAGUAUAUAGUUUUGUGUAGAGUGCUCAUAAGGAAUAAACUUUUAACGUUGAUUCUUUAACUGGUCGUUUAAUGAAUUUUGGAUCUAUAAAACUAAAAUAAGAUUAAAUUACGAUUACGGCUAGGCGUCAGCUUGGAUAGUAGCACUUAACGAAAUUAAGUAAAGUUUUCCUGCAAAUUAAUGUAGGGCGGGUGAGAUUCCGACGAAUGGAUUCAAAUUAUUUUUAAAUGCGUCAAUGAAGCUCUCGCGGCGUAGCCAUGUGUGUAAAGUAAUAAACGAGAUGGUAAUUGGUUAGCACAGCGGAACAUCGGAUCAAAUGAGUAAUUGUGCCGUACCUGUACACUAUUUCAUCUUAAAUAAAUUUUACA